AUGGAUAAGUUAUCAGGAUGCAGCCCACUCUUGCACUACGGCAUAUUUAUCGCCAUGGAUACUGCAGGAGACUACAUUGGAUUAUCAAUUCCAAACCUCUUCGAAUCAACCUUCAGCAUCAGGCAACUCUUCGUGACGUCAUCAAACGAGAACAUUGAAAAGCGGCUGAUCUACGACAGACCUCUGGGGCACGGCACUGCGCCAACAGCUCUGGCUAAAAGAAUGCUGUUUUUUAUACAGUGCUUUGCAAGCCCCCCGAACAAGACAGUAGCAUACCAGGCCUACAGAAAUUACAAGAAGGACCCAUACUACGGCGACGCGUGUUACAGAUCAGAAUUGACAAACACCCCAGGCAGCGUCGCUACAACCUACCUGAAGAAAGGAAAACUCGUCCAUGUGGAGAAGAAGGUCAUCGUCUGUUCACCUUCAGGGUCUGACACCGGGAACAUCGUACGCAAUAAAGUUGGCGAUGAUUAUGUGUCGCAACAAAACCUGUAUACCGGAUGCGGUCAAUGUUACCUGGCCAAACCGCUCUACAUGCCCGGCAACGCAUGUUUCCUGCAGACGGUGGGCUCUCCACAAGUGCCAUCGUGCUGCGAGUAUGUGUACACCUUAUUAUGCGGAGACAAGAAGUUCAUCAACUACAACCCGAAGAAAUGCGACAAGUUCUAUAAAUCUCCUACGGAAACGUGUUGAAUGUGAAACAACCACGCUGUUGCACUACAUCAAGUUUUCUCAUGUAUAGCAUGUGUGCCUACCAUGUAUUAAAUGAGCCCUCCAAAGUAAAAUAU